GAAGUGUCUGCAAGUGUUCAAAGUGAACCAUGAGCUCUCAUCUGUACUUCCCAAAAACUCUUAUUACAAUCUGCAAUGUUUACAUAUGACGCAAAAGAGUAAAAAACAGAGAGCUGGUUCCACAGAGAGAAACACCAGGGCGAUGGAUGGGGACUGUAGCAAAGCUUAAUUCUCAUGACGGAUGUACAGAACCGUGAUCGACAGCAUCACGGUGUGAGUUAAACACUCUGAAGGAUAUCUAAUCACCGCCAGCAACGAUGUCGGUUUUUCCCGUAGUUUUGUUUUGUCUCGUGCACAUGCUGUUUUUAACGAAAAUAUACCUCUGUAUGGAAACUGAUUUUUGUGAACCUGUUCGACUUGACCGUGAAAAGUUCCCAAGGCAUGACAAACUAAACAAAGAACUUGUUGUUUACAGAAUAAACGCUUUUAAUCAGGAAUUGAAUCUUAAUCUUCUGCCUGACUCCAGUUUUCUGGCUCCUGAUGGAACAUUUCAGUAUGACACAACAUCUUCAAGUGCUUUUUUAGAAGGUGAUUUUAGAAGAUGCUUUUACUCCGGUGAUAUUAAUGCAGACAGGAAUUCAUAUGCAGCUCUCAGUCUCUGCGGAGGUGUCCGAGGAGCGUUUUCUUACAACGGGAUGGAGUACCUCAUAGAGCGCAGGUCGACCAGCACAGCGCCCGGGAUGAUCUCAGAUGAUGCUGACAAAACGCACAUCAUCCGCAGGAGAAGACAUCUUCACGCACCGAACUCAACAUCUAAGUGCGGAGUUACAUCUAGUUUAAACCAGGGCGUUGUAGAGUCGUUGGAAAAUUAUAAACAUGUUAAGGGACACACGAGGAACUUCACAGAAACUUUGUUGAAAAGCAUGAGCAGAUCGAAAAGAUUCGCCUCUAUACCGAGGUACGUAGAGGUCUUGGUUGCUGCUGAUGAGUCCAUGGCAAAAUUCCACGGCGACGACCUGAAGCAUUACCUUUUGACUCUCAUGUCUGUCACUGCAAAGCUGUACAAACACCCCAGUAUCUUGAACGCCAUCAGUAUAGUGGUUGUAAAGCUUAUGGUGAUUAAUGAGGCAGGAAAAGGACCCAAAGUAUCCAGUAACGCGGCACUAACGCUGCGCAAUUUCUGCACCUGGCAGAAGAAGCUGAACAAGAUCAACGACAAACACCCAGAGUACUGGGAUACUGCUAUUUUGUUUACAAAGCAGGACCUGUGUGGGGCCACCACGUGUGACACGCUGGGUAUGGCAGAUGUAGGCACCAUGUGUGAUCCUAAGAGGAGCUGCUCUGUGAUUGAAGAUGAUGGUCUCCCCUCAGCCUUCACCACCGCACAUGAACUAGGGCAUGUGUUCAGUAUGCCACAUGACAAUGUGAAGGCUUGUGAGGAGGUAUUUGGAAAGCUCAAGGACAACCAUAUGAUGUCUCCCACUCUGAUCCAGAUUGACCACAACACGCCCUGGUCUGUCUGCAGUGCUGCCAUCAUCACAGACUUCCUGGACUCUGGCCAUGGUGACUGUCUGCUAGAUCAGCCCCAAAAGCUACUGGCUCUUCCAGAUGACCCCCCAGGCGUCAGCUACUCGCUCAGCCGUCAGUGUGAACUGGCCUUCGGCUCAGGAUCCAAGCCCUGUCCGUACAUGCAGGCCUGCUCCAAACUGUGGUGCACUGGGAAAGCAAAAGGACAGCUGGUGUGUCAGACUCGCCACUUUCCCUGGGCUGAUGGUACGGCCUGUGGCAGCAACAAGCUGUGCUAUCGGGGGAUCUGUACUGAUAAGCAAAAUACCACCAAAAACAAGGUAGAUGGCCAUUGGGGUCGGUGGGGUCCAUACGGUCCAUGUUCCCGUACUUGUGGGGGAGGGGGGCAGCUUGCCAAAAGGGACUGUAACAACCCCGUCCCUGAAAACGGGGGCAAGUACUGCCAGGGACUGAGAGUGAAGUAUCGCUCCUGCAACAUAGAGCCCUGUAAAGACUCAGGAAAGAGCUUUCGAGAAGAGCAGUGUGAGGCGUUCAAUGGCAUCAGUCUGAACACUAAUAGACUGAGCCCGUCUGUAGUCUGGGUCCCGAAAUACUCUGGAGUCUCUGUUAAGGACAGAUGCAAGCUCAUCUGCCGAGCCAACGGCACCGGAUACUUUUAUGUCCUUGCACAGAAGGUGGUGGACGGGACCCCUUGUUCUCCUGAUACCUCAGCUGUCUGUGUUCAGGGGAAAUGCAUUAAGGCUGGCUGCGAUGGCAAACUGAGCUCCAACAUGAAGUUUGAUAAAUGUGGUGUGUGUGGUGGAGACAGCCAAAACUGCAAGAAAGUCUCUGGAAUGUUCACAAAACCCAUGAAUGGAUAUAACUUUGUGGUGACUCUACCAGUCGGAGCUGCAAAUGUGGACGUAAGGCAGCGUGGCUACCGCGGUUUGAUAAAUGAUGACAACUAUUUAGCAGUAAAGAACAUCCACGGCAAAUAUCUCCUGAAUGGAAACUUUGUGGUUUCAGCGGUAGAAAAAGACAUUAUCGUAAAGGGAAGUCUGCUGCGCUACAGCGGAACGGGCACAUCAGUGGAGAUGCUGCAGGCCUCCAGACCUCUCAAAGAGUCUCUCACGGUGGAACUGUUGUCGGUGGGUAAAAUGACACCUCCUCGAGUGCGCUACUCCUACUACCUGAGUGUGGGAAAUAGAGAGGGCAAGGUCCUAAAGAAGGAGGAGAGGAACCCUACGCAGAACAGUGUGCUGGAGGAUAGCAAUAAAGUGGAGCUGAAGAAGCCGGCCUAUCAGAUGCCAUCUUAUAAAUGGGUGGCGGCGGAUUGGAAUAAGUGCUCGGUUACCUGUGGGAACGGGGUUCAAAGUAGACUGAUACAGUGUUUGGAUUCAAAUGGGGAAACAGCUACACAUUGUGACAGCACACAAAAGCCCAAUGCAAUAAGGGUGUGUGGUGACGCUUGCCCAACUUGGAGCACUGGCGAAUGGUCCUCAUGCUCUAAAACCUGUGGAAAAGGCUUUAAGAGACGCUCACUGCGAUGCAUCUCUCAAACUGGGCUGCUUUUACCAAGAGACCACUGCUCAAGCAAAAGAAAGCCACAGGAACUGGACUUUUGCAUUGUUCGGCACUGCUAGAGAAUGAUUCUGUGUGUUAUGGGACCAUUUUAAUGGAGCCAAAUUGAUCAUUUUAUGUGUGCAUCCUGUGUUGCCUCAUUUGUAAUGAGAAUAUUCUCACAAAGGAUGUCUUUUACCAUUGCAAUGUUACAUGUUAAGGUACAGCUAUCGCCUACCUCGAAAAGGACAGGGUGUUUUAAAGCAACCAAAUAACACAGACCACAUAAAGCUGUAAAAUGUUAUGCUUUGGCAUUAAAACUUU